AUGAACGGGUAUAUUCUAUGUGACGAUACAAUAUUCCCGUGUAGUAAAAUUGUAAAACUAACAGAAAAUGGCAAAGAUUUUACAGUUUCUCUCAGUGCAAAACAUCGCGGAGAAGAAGGCAUACGCACGCAUUACAUCCGUCUGCAAUGGUGUACGAGUCAUUAUGGUAGUUGGUUAUACAGUACAUCGGGUCAUUACGAAACACGAAUGAAAGCUUUUAUCCAAGAAUUUUAUUUAUACAUAAAUUCAUUAAAAAAAUCCUGUUGUCGAUUUGUUGAUGUAAAAAAAGAUAUCUAUAAACAUUUUGCGUCGAAAGGAUACCUGCUCGACAAAUCUAUCUUUAAAAUAGCAAUUCACAUCCUAUGUCAUUACAGAACAUAUCUGGAUCCUAGAAUAGAGGGGUACCAAUUGGGAUAUUUAUGCUGCUCUUAGUAAGUUGUUGUUUGUCCGAAAACUUUGAAACAGCUUGUAAUCAUCGUAUAAAAAUUAAAAAAUGGGGUUAAGAAAGAACAUGAAAAUUGGCUUUUAGCAUCCAUGUGGGUUUCUCCACGGGGUACUAAAGCUGACUUUUUUGUUUCAUUCCGCAACCAUAUUUGGAAUUGAAUCGCAGGAUUUUUUUGGAUUGCUUUAUUCGAGAUUCUGAAGAUAUAUUUGAUAUUUGACACAUAUUUCUUCACAAUCUCUUGAUGAUACAUUCCACAACCAUAUUUUGGAAUUGAAUAUUGCAGAUAUUCCCGUAAUUGAAUUCGUCGCCGAUGCAAAACCCGUUGGAAUUGAUCCAAUUUUCGCAUGGUUCGAUGGACAGCUGGUACAAAUUAUUUCCGUCUAUGGCAAUGAAGAAUCCAGAAUGUUCUAUGGUUUUUGCGAUAUCUGUGGUGCCCAACCAUAUGGCAUUAUAAAAUGUGAUGAAAAACUACAUCGCGUAAGAGAAAUACAAGACAAAAUCGCUGUCCUGCGCAAGAAAACUACAAUACUGGAAAAAGAUUGUCAAAACCCAACCAUAACCCGAGAGGGUCUCAACGACCAAAUCGAAACAUUAAAAGGGAUUUUAAAACUUACUAUAGACACCACAAAAUUGUAA